AUGCCUCCUCGGGUGUCGGUUGCCAUUUACAAUGAUUUGGGAACGACUCCUCAUUGCGUUAAGCAACUUCGAAAUUGCAUUCAGCAAAAUAUUCCCGGAGCCAGAAUAUCUACACUCAGUGCCACAGAAUCUAUUGAGAAGCUGGCCUGUAAAUCAAUCGACCUCUUUUGUGUUGGAGGUGGAUUUGCACGCGGUGUUAUCAACAAGCUGGGUUCCAUAGGCCUCGGGAAUCUUAGGUCAUUUGUUUUAUCUGGUGGUUCGUAUCUUGGUAUAUGUUCCGGUGCAUAUCUUGCAUCGUCAAUAACAAAAUUUGACACUGGCGGUCCACUAGAAGUAAACGAUACAGGAAUCCUCAACUUUUUUCCCGGUACCGCUGAAGGACCAUUGUUCGGACGUUUUGCUUACAACUCGGAGUCUGGUGUCUCUGCUCCAAUUUUGGAUGCUUGCGCUACCCUUAAUUCUGACAUCCCAACGUCGUUGGCAGUAUACUUCAAUGGGGGUUGCCACUUCCUUAACUUCGUCGAUAACCAUACUAGUAUUCUCUACUUAUACCGUGAAUUAGGAACUCCGGCUAUUUUGAGGCGAAGAUGUGGACAAGGUACAGUGCUACUAAGUGGAGCCCACUUUGAAUUCGAUCCCGCAAAUUUAGGUGAAUUGGAUGCCGAUCCUCACAUUCAACGAAUCCUACCCCCUUUACUUGAACACGAUGCUAGCCGUGUGAAAUUAUGCAGGACAGUUUUACUCGACCUUGUCAAACCGAUCAUUGGUGCUGUGCACCAAACGACUCGUUUUACUACACGAUCUCAUGAGUCCACGAAAGUUGACCUCUGGCUCAAAAGUACAGCUCUCGGUCAUUCCAAUGUCCACCCGACCAUUCUAUACGUAGCCAAAAGGAUUCGGCUGCUGCAUUUAAUACAGCGGUAUGCUAUUCGCUCUUCUAUUGCCGAAUUUCAAACAGUAACAGCCUAG